AUGGAGGCUAUUGAAGAGCUACCUUCUUCCAUUCCUCAACCUUCUUCUAAGGAAGUGGUUGAAUCAAUAGAUGAUAUGAUGGAAAAGGGUUUAGGAAGAUUUGGUUGGUUAGAAGUUAUGCAGUGCAUUCUUGUUUCACUUGCAUCGUUCUUUGAUGCACAACAAUCAUUCAUAACCAUUUACACCGAAGAUUACCCGACAUGGCAUUGCACAAAUUCAACAUUAUGUAACUCAGAUUCUAAUAUCUGCAAUAUCCCUAAAUCUUCAUGGUCAUGGGAUGGACCAUCACACAAAACAGUCAUAUCUCAAUGGAGUCUUGAGUGUGCUAGUAGCUUUAUUACUGGUUUACCGCAAUCUUCAUUCUUCAUGGGUUGCCUUUUCGCUUUUAAAUUCUUCAUUGGCUUUUUGCGUUCGUCGAUCGGAACCUGUGUGUUAGUUUUGCUCAUGGAGAAAGUUAGUACCAAAUGGAGGUUCACCGUUGGUUGGGCUUUAAAGAGAAUGGUGGCGGUAAUGGUGCUUGGUAUUGGAAUUGGAAUGGUGUAUUUUGGUAUGCCAUUAGCAGUUGGGAACUUAGGUUUCGAUAUUUACUUGGCCGUUGUGUUCAGUGCCUUGAUGGAAAUACCGGCUUGUGUGGCUACCUAUUUCUUGGAGAACCGCCAAAGAAAACCAUCAAUUCUUGUAUUUUCAGUAGCCAGUGGCGUAUGCUGUAUAAUGUGUGUUGUUGUUGGACCAGGAAUACAAGAAAUUAGAGUCGGAUUAGCAAUGACAUCGUUUUUCUGUGCUUGCACAGCUUUUAAUGUCUUUCUCAUUUACGUUCUUGAGCUAUUUCCAACAAGUGUGAGGAACACUACAACAUCAUUGGUGAGACAAGCUAUGAAUUUUGGUAACAUUUUCACCCCCUUUUUGAUAUCUGCUGGGAGGAAAAAUGACAUUUACUCUUACGGCGUGUUUGGAGUAGUUGUCAUGUUGUCGUGUUUUACGUUGAUUGGUUUGCCGGAGACAAGAGGAUUAGCUCUCUGUGAUACCAUGGAUCAACAAGAGAAGAAAGACGAUAUGUCGGUAUAA